AUUUCAAGGCACGUCUAAUGUGUAGUGGUGGAGGAACCCUCACCGUGCCGUAUAGACCAAUUUGUCACUUUCGUUUGUGUUCCUGGUUUCUAAAACGGUGGACUGUGACCCAAAAGUAGACACGGCCCUGGGUUAUGGAGGUUCCCCUUGUGACAAGAAUAACCCCAUGAGUUCAUGAAUGAAGAACCUGCUGGGUGAGAGACUCUUGGUCUGAAAACACACGGGCUCUGACUCUGGACAAAACAACACAGAGGAUUUGGAAGAAGGGAUCUUAAAGUACAAGAAAGAUUACUUUGAUAUAGAUAAUAAAGGGACAUUUUAAGGCUGCGUGUUUACUUGGAAAUCCCUGCAUGGCUACGCUGAAGUGAGUGAGUAUGAGAGGGACAGCAGCAGCAGCAGCAAGUGUCAUCUGGUCUUCCAACUUGGGGAGGGCUUUGGAGUUUAAAAUGGUGUGAAUAUGAUAGCCUUCCCUUGGUAUAGCUUAUGCAAGUGGAGAUCUGUGUGCACCAUUGAAAGUUGACAGUUCAGAGGCACUAAUCUGACAAAGGGGCGGUGUAAAUCAACAACAGCACAACGACUGUGGAUAUCAACAGAUAAAACUUGCCGAGGAGCAAAACGGGACACUUUGCCUGAUUCUCUGGGCGGCUGCAUGAGAAAGAGAGUUAGGAGGACGAGCCGGCAAAAGGGCAAGAGGAAGGCACCGAGGAGGUGAGUGACGGAUUUACCCUCAGAGGGGUAAAAAAAGAUGACUGUGUUGUCCCAGGAGAACCAAGAAGAGACUGUGGUCGUUACUCCUUUGUUGCAAGAUGCUGCUGACUUGGAUACGGCGGACCAGGAGUGCAGCGAGAGGGUGGUCAUCAACAUCUCGGGGCUGCGUUUUGAGACGCAGUUAAAAACCCUCUCCCGCUUCCCCACCACGCUUUUGGGGGAUCCGCGUAAAAGGAUGCGUUUCUUUGACCCGCUGAGAAACGAGUACUUCUUUGACAGGAGCAGGCCGAGCUUUGACGCCAUCCUCUAUUAUUACCAGUCGGGAGGGAGGCUUCGGAGGCCCGUGAGCGUACCUGUGGACAUUUUCCUGGAGGAAAUAAAGUUUUACGAACUAGAGGAAGAGGCCAUUGAACUUUUCCGAGACGACGAGGGCUUGGCCAGAGAAGAGGAGCGCCCGCUGCCUGAUAAUGAGUUUCAGCGCCAGUUGUGGCUCCUGUUUGAGUACCCAGAAAGUUCUGGACCCGCACGGAUGAUCGCCAUCGUGUCAGUUAUGGUUAUUUUGAUAUCCAUUGUUAUAUUCUGCUUAGAGACGUUACCGGAGUUUAGAGAAGUCCCCGCAAUUCCCGACAAUCAACUCAAUGUAAGCGCUCCGGGCAGUGUGCCCAGUCCAUUCACAGACCCGUUCUUCAUGGUGGAGACACUUUGCAUCGUGUGGUUCUCUUUUGAAUUCACCAUGAGGUUUCUGUCAUGUCCCAGUAAAGCAGCUUUCUUUAAGAACAUCAUGAACCUGAUCGACGUGGUGGCCAUAGCCCCGUAUUUCAUCACGCUGGGCCUUGAUCUCGCGGAGCAUCAGGGCAGCAGUCAGCAGGCUGCGUCUCUGGCCAUACUGAGGGUCAUUCGUCUGGUCCGAGUUUUCAGGAUUUUUAAACUCUCCCGACACUCCAAGGGCCUGCAGAUUCUCGGGCAAACGCUCCACGCAAGCCUCAGGGAGCUGGGACUGCUCAUAUUUUUCCUGAUUAUCGGAGUUGUUUUAUUCUCCAGUUCGGUUUAUUUUGCUGAGGCAGAAGACACAGAGUCCGUAUUUACUAGCAUCCCAGAUGCGUUUUGGUGGGCGGUGGUGACGAUGACCACAGUUGGUUACGGUGACAUGUAUCCCACCACAAUCGGGGGCAAAUUCGUCGGAUCUCUGUGCGCAAUCGCCGGGGUGCUAACCAUAGCGUUACCUGUCCCCGUGAUUGUGUCCAAUUUCAAUUAUUUCUACCACAGAGAGAACGAGGACGAGGAAAACGUUCAGUACGUACAUGUGACUUGUGGGCAGCAGCAGCAGCCCUCCUUCGGUGAAAGCGGUUCCACCAAAAGUAACCAGUCGCUCUCCAAAACGGAGUCCUAUCAGGAGAGCGACGACUUGGAAACUCUGACAAAUCCGAAAGUGAUUCCAGUGGAGACAUAUUCGGGGCAACUGACCGAUGUGUAAAGAAGACAAUUUAAUUAUGGAGGCAGACGGUACAACAAGAUACAAGUGUGGCAUUCUCCUCUUCUCCUUCUUCUCCAAACGUACAGGAUCACUUUUUCACGGAUUAAUGUUGCAUUGCCAGUGUUGUAGUCUACUGUCUACUGAGACUUGAUGGUGGAAACGCAUAGAAAAAGGGUUCAGCCAUGCCUUGAUGGACUUUGUGUGUCUCAUCCGUAGAGAGAAACAACAUUCUUCUGUGCAGUUUUCACAAAUGACCACGCUUUCUUUGUGUAAAAGCCUUGUGUAUAUAUUGUUUUUGUAACUCUUAACUGUCAUGCAGCUUCUAAUGCACAGUUGCAACUGAACUCUGUGUUGUUCUACAAACAUUCAGACUGCAUCAAUGUAAACGCGUUAUAAUGCACCGUCUGCUCGACAGGAAUUCACUGUGGAAUUUAAAAUGUAAUAAAAUAUUUAUUUUUCUAAUUUAAACACGAACAUGAACUUAAUCUAAUCCUUUUCUUUUUUAUAAAUGAACUAUGAACAAGAAAUUA